AUUGCUCAUUAUAAUACUUCACUGAGUGCAUUAUAAAACACACACACACAGUAGACACUCAGACCAACAUCACUAGAGAUGAUCACAAUGAUAUUAAAGAGUGAUAUAAUGGUUAGAGGUUACCAUGAAAAACAUUAUGAAAAAUAUGGAAAAACAUAAGCCUUAUAUCAAUGAAUUAUAUUCCCCCAAUUAGCCUUAAGCUCUGUGAUUGUGUAACUGAAUUAUCCUGAAGCUCUACAAACGUGUAACUGUAUUAAGCUGAAGCUCUAUUCUGUAUGAUGUGAUUCUAAUGCUCUAUGAUCUUGAAUCUGUAUGAUCCUGUAUGUUUGGGAAUAGGAAAGAAGCUCUGCUUUGACACCGCUUAUAUUUACAAGUAAAAGAUAUCAAAUAAUGAAUAAUAUAAUAAUAUAAUGCAAUAAUGAACAAGCAGCAUUUCCUAAGCACAUGCAGCAUGAUUAAAGAGCUGAAACACUCAUGUACAUCAAAUAUGUUGAUGUACAUACAGAAUGUGUGUUCUUAUGUUAAUGUGGUGGUUAUGAACCUCAGUACUUAUGACUACUGAGGGAGUUGAAAGUGUCUGAGUAAUUCCUUGAUCUGUCUCCAGCUGAAAGGAUUACAAAUAUAAAGAUGAAGAUAAAACUAGAGUAACUCGUAUAAGGGUUGGGCGAUAUAAACUAUUAGAAUAUAUCCUUAUUAAAAUAUUUUGAUAAUUAAUAAUGUUGCUCACCCUUGUUGGAUAAUUUUAUGGUAAUUAUCUAGUCUAGGGUAAUUCUGUGUAGAACAGUGUCAAACAACCUCAGUCAGGAUUAAAUCCUUUUAAUGACAAAAGCUUUUGGGCUCAAUUGGAAUUUGAACCGAGUACAGAGUGACAAGAAGAGAACACUUCCUCAUAUGAGUCACCCCCCCCCCUCCCCCCUGUGUGCAAGGAACUGGUCCAGUAAGUACCCUUUCUAAUCAGCACAAAAUCUGAAACACAAAUAUAUAUAGAGAGAGUUGUUUUCCACCGAGUCUCUCUCUCUCUCUCUCUCUCUCUCUCUCUCUCUCUCUCAAAUGAGGAAAUGACUAUAGAGAGUUAGAACACUGGGUUACAGGAGUUUAAGAAAAACAUCAAGUUUCUUAAAAUGUGCAGCAUAAUAUAACAUUUAAAAUCAGGUUAGAAGUGGCAACACAAGGCCGAUGGAGCAGCAGCUGAAACAGAACAGGAAGGCCCAGACUGGAGUCUGGAAUACCAACCUGCGCACGCGCACACACAGGAACAAGCCACUCCUUUACUGGUUCACUUUCACAAUAAAGCGAGUUGCACUGCAGAGCUGUCACUUAUCUUCCUCCAAGAUGGCUGAGAGACCACAAAAGAAAUCCAAAGAAGAAAGGGUGAUCGAGUAUGUGACCAAAAGCAAUUUUGUACACAAUGCUUUCAUCCUCUUCAAGAAAGCCACUGAUAUAGUCGCUGAAUGUUUUCCUUUUUGCACACUGACGGAAGAGCAGCAGAUACUGAAGCAGAUACUGGAUCAGGACUCUCCAGUAGAUGCUGAGCAAGAAAUAUCACUCACAUCUCUUGACAUGAGUAAGCAAGCUAAAAUUGUGAAGGACUUUUUACAGCCUGACCUCAAUAAAGUUACACCAGGGGAUUAUGUCCUGAAGAUCAGAGACGUCGUCUCGAUUCACCGCCAGUCACAGAUUGCAUUAAAAAAGAUGGACGGAUACAGCUUCAGGGAGGGAACUUUGGAAGACACGUUGUACAAAGAUAAACCUGACAUGUUAGAGGAGUGGGAGCAGUUCUACCUGAAAGAGGAGAUGAAGAUGGAGGUGAUUGGUGUUCUCGAGGAGUUCCCCUGUGACUCCCUGAAUGCUGAGCUGGUGCUGAUGGUGUGUGAGGAUGGGAAAGUGUUUGCUUAUGAAGAUGAGCACAUGCAUCUCGUUGCCAAAAGCCUGAAAGUGCUGUUUGACCAUGGUCUUCAAUUUCCAGGCAUCAAACGGUACUACUGUUGCCAAGCCUUUGAGCACAUGAUAGAUGCUCAGUGGGACAGAGUGAAGAAAUCAGCAAAAAUGGUUGCACCAAAGAAGCAGGAUCAGGACCUGGUGGAUAGAAUGGAAGAAUCCUUUCUGAUGAACCUGGACAUUAUUGUGCAGAGACUGCAAGCUGAGCAGCCAUGCAGAGUAUCAAGUAAUGUAGAGAGACAUGGAGGCAACAGGAGAAGAAACACGCCGAGAAAAUCCCCCACAUAGAGCACACACUUCAACAUGGGUAAAGAUGACAGCGUAAAAGCAAUGCCGAAACGUCCAAGAGACCUGUGCGUACCUGUGCAUGUAAAUACCUGAAAGGAGCCGGAGCAGGGAUUAUACUGAGUGAUGAGCUGCAGUAGGAGUGCUCCUGUUUCACCUUUACUUCAUCAAAGUGUUAUAAUGCUGCAAUCAAAGUGUUAUAAUGCAGACUGUAUUUACUCAGUGAACUUAUCCAGACCUCACUCCCUGUUCAUUUUUCAUUGCAUAGAAAUUAAUCCAUAGAAGGCGUUACUGUGUAGUGUGUCCGAAUGAGGUGUCUUUUUGAAUCUUGCAUCUGAACCACAAUGGACAGUAAAGACAGCCAGAAACCGAUGCCAGUGGGUAUUAAAGAGGUAAACAAGCGAGUGAAAGAUUGUUGAUGCAAACAUGAAGAGCCAGAAGGAAGAAAGGUCUGCCUACUUGCAAGAAUACCUCAGCAAUUUUUUCAGUAGUUUUUAAUCAGUCAAAUAUUCAAAUAGUUUCAGUUUCCUGAUCAGGGCCAAUGUGGGAACAGUUCUGUUGAACAUCUAUUUCUAUAGAAGUAU